GGACACUGUGGCGGUGAAGAUGUUGAAAGAGGGAGCGUGUGCCAGCGACCACAAGGCUCUGAUGUCAGAGCUGAAGAUUCUGAUCCACAUUGGGAACCAUCUUAACGUGGUCAACCUCCUGGGGGCAUGCACCAAACCCAACGCCCCCCUCAUGGUGGUGGUGGAGUACUGCAAGUAUGGGAACCUGUCCAACUACCUGAGAGCCAAGAGAGAGUUCUUCCUACCUUACAGGGACCGCUCCCCUAAGACUCAGAGCCAGGUGAGACGCAUGAUAGAGGCGGGACAAGUGGAGCAGAGAGCCCGCCUCCCACCUUCCACAUCCUCCUCCUCUAUUGGCAACCCCCGGAGUCAGUCAUCCACCAAGUCCAAUCAGAAGAGCCCCUCUCCUGCUGUGGAGAAGAUGGAGGACCUAUGGAAGACUCCUCUCACUAUAGAAGAUCUGAUCUGCUAUAGUUUCCAGGUGGCCAGAGGAAUGGAGUUCCUGGCCUCGCGAAUGGUAUCUCCCCAGCAACCCAUCAUCCAAUCAAACAAACAAAAAUCACCCUAAAAACCCAUCGCCCCAAAAUAUUUAAUCCUAAAAAAACAUCGCCCCAGAAGAUGUCUCCCUAUAAACCCAUCGCCCCAGAAACCACACACAGAUUAUAGAGAACAAGCUCUAUAAUAUAUAAUAAUACAUACUGUACCGGGCCAGUUUCCCAGAACCACACAUGGUGUGGUAUAAUGCUCUGGACUAAAGUAGUGCACUACCCCAUAUUGAUCUCACUAGAAACCACAGAG